AUGGUCGGCAGCUCAACAACGCAGUCCAGCCGCACCAGCCCUGGGUCUUUUGGUACUAACCAGCGUGGGACAUCUGUAUCGUCUAGCACGUCCUCUCCUCAAUCUUUGUCACAAGGGCCGUCUGGGUUACAUAAUGCGAUGUCGACCGACGUGUACAACUCCGCUAUUUCUCAACCUCCCGCGUCCUUGAGCUCAUCUUUCACCUACCCCUUUUCUCCGAUUGGGACCAGCUCGUCCUUCGAUAGCCUAGGUGCAAGCGGUAUGCGACUCACGGAAGCCGAUCUCUCGCCUCCCAUGAAUGGCUUUCACCGCAUGGGCAGCGGCGCUGCUAUCUUGAUGCGCAGACUGCCCCAAAAUACCAGUCGUGAAGCACUGCGAAGCAUGUUUCUUUUUGCAAAGGAUUUCGUCGAUGCUGACUUCGUCCCAUCUGAAUUCGCUGAGGAUGGGAAGUUUCUCUCUGCCAUUGCACGGUUUAACACAGUCGCUGCCGCCGAAGAAGCACGAGCCAUGUUGGAUGGCAAGCCUAAUACCAGCAAUGAAGCCAUCAUGAUUGUCGAAAUGUUCCCUGGACCGCUGCCGAACCGCCGUAAUACCAUUGAUCAUACCGCCACCCGUGGUCUUUCAGGCCCGACUGCUCGCCAAUCAUCCCGCUUCAAUGGCACCUUCCAGACAAUGGCCAAUGGUGCUUCACAGCAGCCCAGUACCAACGAAGCGCUUCCUGCUCCAGACACCAACUCUCGGAUUCAUAGUCUUUUUUCACCUCGAUCACCAAUCGGCAGUGGACUUGGGGAAUUGCCACGUGUAAGCGGCAAGUCUGUAAUCGAUCAAGACCUAGACGAGGAGACCGGCGAACUGCUCAAAGAUCCCGUUGGUUAUGCGCAAAAUGGACAUGCGAAUAUGCCUCUCACGCGGCGUUCCACCAAUCCUUCAAUCCCGACCACCCGUUUCGCUAACCUUUCGCUUUCCACAAAUGUUACUUCGCCACCUAUUCAAGGAUACUCGAAUGGUACUGGCGGCCGUAUGGGAUUGCCAACACCCGCGAGCGCCAUGCCGCCAAAUAUGAAUGGCAACUCUCCUUUCCAUUAUCCCAACCAGCACAAUCCACGCCAUAGCUUGCCGGCUGCCAACCCGAAUGAUUUAAAUCCUCCUUGCAACACACUCUACGUUGGAAAUCUUCCAGCUGACACACAAGAAGAAGAGUUGAAGGCUCUCUUUUCCAAGCAACGUGGUUACAAGAGACUGUGCUUCCGCAACAAGCAGAACGGUCCUAUGUGCUUUGUUGAAUUCGAUGAGGUAGCAAUGGCUAGCAAAGCUUUGAACGAGUUGUAUGGCUACAAGCUUUCCAACAGCGUCAAGACCGGCAUUCGUCUUAGCUUCUCCAAGAACCCUCUUGGUGUACGCAGCGGACAACCGGGAAGCAGCGUCAACCCUCCUACACCGCUCAGUCCACAGACGCCCAUACAUGGAGGCGCUGGUAUUGGUCCCUUGCCGAAUGCCAUGUUUUCUACUGCUAGCGGACCCCCUCCUGGCUUGUCAGCCCCUCCUGGUCUUGCGCUUCCUGUGGGUGGUCGAAAUGGGCCCAUGCCACCUCCAAAUUCACACGCACAGAUGGCAAAUGGCAACGCAUUUGCUCCAAACAAUGGACUUGGUAUUCGAGCCAACGGACUCAAUGCUCUCAAUCCCGCUCCAUUUGGCAAUGGUAUUCCUGGCAAUGCCCAAGGACCCGGAAUGGGCGGCUUCAGCAGCGUCUAUCCCGACUAUAUGAUGGGUCGAUGA